AUGCCUUCUUCAACAGCAGAAAAUGGGGGCUUCCGGCACAAAUGGCGCCAACGACUAGGUCGGUUUAGACACAGCACUUGCCUACCCCAAACCGCCCAAGAAGACCCAAUUCCCGAAACGAAUUCCGCUUCAAUCCCUCUGUAUGCAACACCCACUGCCAACCCAUUGCCGCAGGGCGAGGCAAGCGCUGGAAAUGGAGACGCUCAAUCCCGAGCCGAUGAAAGUGAUCCUGGUCGAAACAGCCUUGAACAAAACUUGGUCUCCGAUCCAUUGACGUUGAGUAAUGACAAUGGCUCUUAUAUGGUUCCUUCGGAUAUUUGGAGUGCAGCGUACCAAGAGGCAGUUGACACUCUUGGUGAAGAAAUAGACAUUGCUAUCCUGAAGGGAAAAAAUGUUGAGCAGUUAUUCAAGAAACUGGAAGAGAUUGACAAGGACAAAACGCAAGAAUCUGCUUUCUUGAGGGGUGUAAAGGGUUGUCCAGAAAAAUUGACCGAAUCAUCUGCGCAGAUCGCUAUCAGCUUUGCAACCGCUGAUGCCAACUUCGCGAAUCAAAUCGCGGAAAUGCUAGAGCAAAUCUCUUAUAUUGAUGAAUGCGACACCCUCGGCCAGAAAGCAGAUAGGAAGGAUAUUCACAAGGCCCUGGUAUUGGUAUACAUGAAGCUUCUGGAGUUCUACAAAGUCGCAUUUGAAAUACUGACCAGGAAAGGCGCAAAAUUGAUAAUGAAAAUGAUCUUGGAGAAUGACCGACUUCCAAAGAUUGUUCAAGGCUUUUUGCAAUAUUCUGAGACCCUCCGAAAGCUCAUAGAUAAAGCCACGUUUGAGAUUGUUGAGGAUAUCAAGGGCAUGCUCUAUGAUGAUCACAUUGCUAGAUGGCUCGGUAGUGACAAAAUGAGCCGCCAAAGUCACUACCAUGACACCCUGCAGGAUCUCAUGGCUAAUCGGGCUUGCGAGUUCUUAUUGGCACAUGCAAAUUUCAUCCACUGGUACCACGCUUCCGAUGCUCAGCAGUUGGCUAUCCUUGGAGAUAUGGGCUGUGGGAAAACUGUCUCUAUGGCAUUUCUUGUUGACGAGCUGCGCCAAAGAAAUGAGCACCAACUACCCCAGCCGAAGAUGUGCUAUUACUAUUGCCGCGACGAUGAAACGGGUCAGGCUAUCUACAUAUUCUCUGCUCUAAUUCUCUCGCUUCUCGAACAGCUCCGUGGCUUGAAAAAGCCUUUCUUCGAGUGGUAUAGACAGGCUCAGACUUCUGGAAUUUUCGACCCAGCGACAAGUGCCAAGGCACUGGAAGGGUUCCUGCAAAAAUUGCUGGAAUCCAUUGAUCGCCCAGUAUUCAUCCUCAUUGACGGUCUAGAUGAGUGCGACGAGGCAUCCCGAAGAACUCUUCUCAAGCUAUUGAAGAAAUUAUCCCAAACAAUACCGGGUCUCAAAACGAUUGUGUCUUCUCGCCCUCAGGAAGAGAUUUUGGAACAGCUGGACGGGACUCCUAGGAUGAAUAUAGGUUCUAAUGCUCAUCGAGACGCCUUUAUUGUUGAAAAAACGGUUGAAAUGCAAUUGCCUGAUUUAUCCCCGAGCGUCAAAGCACUGGUUAUAGAGAAACUAUCUCACUUAGCCCAAGGAAGCGCCAUGUGGACAAAGAUGGUCACGGAACUCAUCAAAGUCCGGAAAAUCAAGGCACUGAAACCGAUGCAAAGCUUUUUGGACGAAAUCCCAUUACCUGGAAAACUCUCGGAGCUCUACGUCACAUUGCUCUCACGCUGCACUUCAAAUGACCCUGAAAAUUUGAAUCUUGCCAGUACUGCUUUGAAACUUCUCGCCGUAGCCCGCAGACCUCUCAGCAUACUAGAGCUUGCCUGGGCAGUUGCAUUGGGAGUGACUCAAAACAUCACCACCGUGAUCGCUCUUGAUAACCUGGUAGACUAUCAAAGAGUAAUGGGUCUUAUUUAUCCAUUCAUUGCUAGUGUCGAUUUUAAUGACACUAAGAAGCGCCAAGUCCGACUCGUACACCAGUCCGUGAAGGAAUUUAUCAUCAAAGAAUGGACUUUUAACCCUCCUUACACAGAAGACCCGACCUCUGAGGAAACCGAGAAGCUGAGCCUUGGCGAAAUUGUUGAGAAUCUAGAUGCCUUUAUCCUAGAUAUCUGCAUUAGGUAUCUUCUUCUAGAUGAAAUCAACAAUAGAAGUGUGUUUUCCGAAGAGCAGAUGGCGAUCGCAGAGCUGCCCCAAGAGAUCGACUUAUUUAACGACAAUGAAGGGCCGGUAAAUUACGAUCCAUAUGCCACGUGGGAAUCCUGGGAAGAAAAUAUGAUUCGCUACGAUCCGACUGAGCGUGGUUUGGGCGAGUUCUUCAUCUACGCAUCAUGCCAUUGGGUGGAGCAUUUUGGUGUUGUUCCUAUAGAACCUCGUUCUGGACUGGCAAGCAUAGAACGACUGUGCCAAGUAGGUUCAACUCGGCUUCACAAUUGGAUUCAGCAGAAUUGUCGCCCCGGCUGCGCCAUACAGCCCAGAUUUACAUUUGAUAGCAGUCUGUAUGAUCCUCUCAGCAUCACUUCGCUCUAUGGCUCCGAAGCCAUGCUGCGUCUUCUACUUGUGAACACGGACUUCGACAAGAAAAAUUUCCAUCAAAACUCAGCUAUGAGAGCCGCUGACCAGAUCCUCUUGUGGGGUGACUUGCCAAGGCUUAGGAUAAUCUUCUUAGAUGAUAGAGUUGGUCAUGAGCUACAAAAUCUCGACUUCUUCCGAAUCAUCAUGAAAAAUUGGUCUCAUCCCACUACCGACCAUCAGAAUUGGGAUCUUGCAUUUGAUCUUGUUGAUUAUGUGACAGAUAAGCUGGUUCAGGAACAGUGGGGAAAUGACUUGUUGUGCAUGGCUGCUGGCGCAGGCUGUGUACCGAUAAUCCGGAGGUUAAUAUCUAGCGCUCAGCUCAAAGCAGAGCUUAGAAGCGAAUUGUUGCGUGAGUCCCAACGUGAGAACCAAGGAUCACACUUUAGCGAACCAACGCAUCAAUCGAUUGGAAAGGCUAUUUUGGGCAAUCACGUUGAUGUUGUCCAAUUCCUACUAGGCAUGGAUGGCAUCGAAGCACAUCUUCGACACCGAAAUCAUCACGGUGAAAACGUUCUGCAUUUGGCAUCAAUUACGUGUAAUCCAGUCAUGUUCCGGCUUUUAGUUCCCCGUUUCCAAGAAGGUGUACAUCAGGCGGAUGAUCAAGGAGAAACAGCCCUAUUGCGGAUUAUCAAGAACUACUCGGCUUUACGAAACCGGUAUGAGUCAGUGGAGAUACUCCUCGCAGAGAGUGGUAUUGAUUGGAAUAGCUACUCUUGGGAUGGGCAACAGGAUCCUUUGCGGAUGGCCGUGCACCUUGGUGAUCUGGAAAUGUGUUCCAUUUUGAUACGUUCCGGUAACCUGAACCCUCUCUCAGCUCUGGCCUUUGGCGAAGAAGGCCAGAUGUAUCUGAGAGAUAGCCCUAUGGAGAACAAGGAGAAUAUAUUGCCAAUUUUGCAAUUGCUAUGUACACAUGCUAAUAUAACGUCGACUGACGUUAAGUGA